AAGAAACGGAAUUUCAAUUAAAAUUGAAAUCGGAGAAGGACGCCUACAACAAACGGAUUGAGGAUCUCGUGUGCACGAUAGAGUCCUUCAAGACGAAAAACAUGGAGUUGACAAGUAACAUCGAAGGUCUCGAGGCCAAUCAGAAGCAAAUGAAGAACAUUAUCGACUUGAAAAGUAAUGAAUUAAUGAAAAACAAUCAAAUUAUUCAGAAUAUGCAGGUCGAAUUCGAACAGCUUACGGAGGCUUACAACUAUUUGAACAAGGAGUGUGAAGAAAAAGAAUUACGUAUCACGGAGAUCAAGGAACUUUUGAAAGCUAAAUGCGACGAGCUAACAGAAUAUAAAGCUAAUCUCGAGACAAUCGUGCCUGAGAACGAGCUGCUGAAGCAACAGAUUAGCGAGCGAAAAGCCAGUAUAGAACAAUACAAGAUGGAAAUAGAGUCCCUGAAAAUGGAAAAUAAGAAAGAAAUUGACACGAUUAAUGAUCAAUUGAAAUAUGAAGAACUGAACAGCGUCGAGUUGAACAAACAGAUAGCUGAAUUGAAUAACAAGAAUGUAGCCUUGAUGGAGGAGAUGAACACCUUGAGGGACGAUCACGCGAUGUUACAAUGUAAAUGCGCGACGUUGGAAAAGCGUGUCAGGAGCAGUACGAGUAAAAUCUUAGCGGAAGAACAGAUAGAAGAGCUGAAAGACUUGAACAGGUCUUUGCGAAAUAAUUUGGACGGCGCCAGCAACCGAAUAACGGAGUUGCAGGCUACGAAGACCGAUUUGAUGAAGCAAGUAGUUACUUUAAGUAGCCAGUACGAUGCGACGUGCAAAGACAAUCAGGAAUUAAGGGAAACAUUGUUAUCGUAUAAAUCCAGACAUAACGACACGUAUACUACCUGCGAGAAAUAUAAUGAUUUGCUGCAAGAGAAAAAUAAAGUUGCGUUAGAGCUCGAAGCAACGAAAGUACAGUUAAAUCAGAAGAACAAGGAUAUUGAGAAUUAUAUUAACGAGAUAAAGAUAUUGACGGAGAAGAACAAGGAACUUGAUCAAGAGUUGGACGAGUUGGCGGAUGUCAUUCGCGAACAUGACAUUGAGAAUACGAAGUUACAGGAUCAGUAUUUCACAUGUCGUAACGAAGCUGACGAGUUACGAGAAAAGGUCACGGCUCUCGAGAGAAAGACGACGCAGAGUACGAACAUGUCAUCCUCUAACAGAUCUCACGAUGAUGAAUGUAAUUGUGCGACGUUGAAAAACAAGAUACGAGAGUUGCAACUGGAAGUGGUGUCGAAGAAUGGAAAAAUUGCGACGUUGGAGCUGCAGAUACGUAGCGGAAGUUUCCCUUAUGAAUCGAAGUGUCAAGACCUACAGGAGCAGCUGUCGGCGUAUAGUAAUAAGAAUAGCGAGUUAAAGGCGGAAAUUAAACGACUCCAAAUGGUCAUGGUACGCACAAGUGCGAAAGAAUGUGAUGUGUGCAAACAGAGACUUAUAAAUAGGAGACAUCAAACGUGCCAAACGAUGCCGACUAACUUAUUGCGCUUUUGUGGCACAAGCAGCGGCAUAAUCGAUGACGAAAUUAGAAUAACGAAAUUGGAGAAGGAAAAGCAGAUUAUGAAGGAAGUGUGUCGAUCUCGAACCAAGACUAUAAAGGAACUCGAAAAACAAAUACAGGAAUUCGAGAAGUUGUUGAAUUCCAAAAAUUUAUGAUCUGCAAAAACAUUUUUUUGCCUUAUAUUUACCAAACGUUAUCGAUUGCAAUAUAUAUAAUAUAUAUAUUAAAUUAAUAUUAUGUACGUAAUUCAUGGCCUUCUAUCACGUGACAUUCGAUUAGACAAUAAUUAGAUUUAAAGUUUAUGUAAGGGAUAGAGCAUAUAAAAUGUAAAUAUUCUAUUUUUUAAUGUUAUAAUAUUAUAAUGUAGUUUUAUAUUUUUAUGACAUAAAGAUGCAAACUUUAUUACUUAUUUCAUAUAUCGACUACAGAUGAUAACAGUAUGUUUUUUUGCCAAUUUUACAUGUUCUUUAAGAUAAUAUAAUUCCUGUGAUAUAAUGAAUGUUUAACUUAACUAAGAUAUAGUGUGUAUAUAUAAAAGUAUUAUAUAAUCGGAAUAAAUUAGUAUAAAAAAUUAAAUUUUAGUCGCCAUUUGCAUCGUGCCUGCUAAUUUUACACAUUAUAUUUUAUACAGUUUCUAACACAAUAGUAAUACACGGUGUUACUGUUGUUUAUAAUCGUUAUGUACAAUCGUUUUUAAAAACUGCGUAAUGAUCUAUGUAAAAAUCUAUACACUCUAUGAAUAAAUACAGAGUAAAGAA